AUGUCGAGCCUCCAAAUGGCGAAACGUCCGCUAAUCGUGCUCCGUGCAAUGGCUGCGAUAGCUUUUAUACUCUUUUUCUUGGCCGUCGUCGAAAGGUUCUCGUGGAAGUCCUUCCAGUGGCCAACUUUUGACAUAAAGACAAUACACCUGAAUGCCGAACCUGGGAUCAUUCCCAUAGGGCCCUCAAAGGAACCAUGGUUUUACUCCCCAAAGAUGAAUAUGUACGACCUGACACGGGGCAAUACACGAAGCGAUCCAGUGUCCUUCUCUACGUCUAGGGGUCCUCAGAACGUUACGGUAGUUAUCGCGCCAGAGCUUACUACACUCGUCGUCAUUGAUAUGCAAAAUUUCUUUCUCCAUCCGGAUUGCAAUGACCACCCCAGCGGUAUUAUUGCAGCCCAGAAAACCGUUCGGGUCAUCAAUGUAUGCAGAGAAUUGGGUAUUAAGGUCAUUUGGCUCAAUUGGGGCCUGGCCGACGAAGAUCUGGAUAAGGUACCUGCAGCUCAAAUCCAUAGUUUUCAACAAGGCUUUACCAAUCCCCUCUCCUCCCCAUACGAUAAACGCUACGGCUUCGGCGACGACCUUGGAGAUGGUAAGGGAAGAGUUCUCAUGCAAAAUGAGUGGAAUUCUCAACUAUAUGAGCUAUUGCACGAAGUUGCCAGGCCAAAAGAGGAUUUGUUUAUAAAUAAAAAUCGAGUCUCGGGUCUAUCGAAAGAUGAUACGCCGCUUGCCCAGAUCCUCAAGCAAAAAAAAAUUCGAACACUUCUCUUUGCCGGCGUGAACACCAACCAAUGUGUUCUUGGCACCCUGCUGGACGCAUACUACAGAGGUUAUGACUGCAUCUUAAUCGAAGAUAGCUGCGCAACAAAUACCCCGGGAGGGCAAGACGUUUCCAUCUUAGACAUAUGGAGAAACUACGGAUUUGUUACCACCAGUUCAGCACUCCAGCAGGCCGUAGGAUAA